CUGCCGAGCACACACAGCCGCUACAGGGAAGAUGGAGGACGGUGUGGGAGCGGCGGAGCGGGUGUCCAGUCUGCCGCAACAUCCCCGCUGAACCAGGAGGACCUGGACUGAUCUGAACCACUUGUCUGUGCCAACCUGAAAAGCCACCAGAGACCCUGACGCCACUGCUGGGACGAAGGCCAACAGAGGUCUGCACUGCCAAGUGUAUUAGCACAAGAAACUUCCAGACUUGGAGAACAGAAGACUGCCAACAGACUGCAGAGACGACACAAGAGAAAGCAUCCAUGAGCGACGCAGAGCCCCAGCCGAGGCCCCACAGGCACAACCUGUGCUAGAACCUGUGGCCCCCACAUCAGACUGCCCGUUAAAUACUCUGCCAUAACACACAGAACUCAUCACUGGAUUUGAUGGACAACCAAUAGCUAAGCUCAGUCUUUGCCCCAACCGUGUGUCUCUGAGGCGUCUGCUGACGAUGGACUCCUAGACUGUUUCCCUGUCACCUUUGGACUGAUCAACCCAUCCCAGACAGCCAUGAACCCCCAGGAGACGGAGGUUGGCCAGGAGAUGAUAGAGGAGGCCGAUGCCCCUCCCCGCCAUCGCCACAACAACCACAACGGUCGACCUCGUAACCACAGCAACCAGGAGAAGCGCUACAGGCGAUGCGAAGCCCCUGCCAGAGGCAGCGCUGGAGGCAGAGCGAGGGGGCCACCGCAGCGCAGGCCGCAGGAGGAGCCAGAUGCAGAGCUGCAUCCUGGGGCCCAAUCUUCUCCGCAGCCCCAGCCUAUUCCCCGGCCUGCGGUGACGCGCUACCGCAGACAGGGUGACAGCGAGGCCCGGAUCAGAGCCCAGCAGCAGAGGCACAGACAGAGGCAGCAGAGAGAGGCCGAGAGAGCACAGCAGCUAGCACAACAACAACAGGAGAAGCAGCACCACGCCGAGAUGAACCAGGACGAUGAAAGAGAGAGGGAUGAUUCAGUGCUGGCCCGCUCUGCUAGCACUGAGAGUGGCUUCCACACCCACACGGACCGGGCCGAGGGCGACGAUGGUCUAGUGAUGAUGUCACUGGAGCCCGAGGGCCAACCAGAGGUGGAGGAUGAGGUGGGGAACUAUGGAGUCCAGCUGCGCCCAGAGGCAGAAGGGUACACAGAAAGCGCUGAAGCUGAACAGCAACACCUUCAUCCCCAUCCCAGCUACCCUCUUCACGCCCCCCUCCCACGCGAACCCCUGCAUGACGUCCAGCACCCCCAGAGACAAGAUGAAGCAGAAGAGACUCUGAACCCGGGGUACUCCAACUAUGUCUACACCCAGCCCCUGAGCCGCUCCUCGGGAAGGGCUGACGUCUCAGCCGAGCAAAGCGUGGAGACUUUAGCUGCUGGACCAGAGGACGAGGCCUACUCUGAACCAUAUGACAUUUACUCACUCUCCGAACAUGUUUAUGAGGAAAUUGGUGACACUCCCACAUCAGUUUCAUCCGCUGCUGACAGGGCUGAGCAUGCUGAGUCCCUCCAGCAGAGGAGGGCAGGCUUUCGGCUGUUGGAAGGCCGGGCAGGAAGUGGAGAUUAUCACCAGCAGGAAGCGGUGGGCUCUCGGCUGCGCCACUACGAUGAGCGCUCAGAUGGCGAAUCGGAUAGCCCUGAGAAGGAGGCCGAAUUUGCUCCGUACCCGCGUGCCGACAGCUACGACCAGGACGAGGACAUUGACAGCAUUGUGGCUGAGGUCAAAGAGAGCUUGAGCUCUCAGAGUCUGCAUCGGGCUGCCGAUGAAACCAUCGAUGAAGAAAAUGAGGAAUUACAGGGAGAAGAAAAAACCCCACCUGAAUCCCAAAUGGAUUACCCACCUGACAAAAAUCAUAAAGCCACCAACCGAGAGUCAACGAAAAAUCAGGCGGUCAGUCCUGUGGAGGAGCCAGUUGCAAUGAGGAACAGUCAGGAGAAGCGGGACGCCAUAUCUCUGGCUAUCAAAGACAUCAAGGAGGCCAUAGAGGAGGUGAAGACCCGCACUGUGAGGUCUCCUUACACUCCAGAUGAGCCUAAGGAGCCCAUCUGGGUGAUGAGACAGGACCUGAGCCCCACUGCCGAGUAUGACCUUCAGCCAUCACUAGGGGGUGACUCUCCUGGUUCAGACUCAUCCUCUCCUCCAGGAGCAGAGUCAUCCACCAGACAUCUGCUACAGGAUGACAGCUUUGAAUCCCCUCACUCCAAUAAAGAGUCUAGGAGAAGUCUUGCAUCCUUCCCUACAUAUGUAGAAGUUCCCGGCCCAUGUGAUCCAGAGGACCUGAUCGAUGGGAUCAUCUUUGCAGCCAACUACCUUGGCUCCACCCAGCUGCUGUCGGAUAAAACACCGUCCAAGAACGUUCGCAUGAUGCAGGCACAAGAGGCUGUCAGCCGCAUCAAGACGGCCCAGAAAUUAGCCCAGAACAGGAAGAAGGCCCCUGAGGGUGAGCCUCAGCCCAUGACAGAGGUGGAUCUCUUCAUCUCCACCCAGAGGAUUAAAGUGCUCAACGCUGACUCGCAGGAGACCAUGAUGGACCACCCUCUACGGACCAUCUCCUACAUUGCAGACAUUGGCAACAUUGUGGUUCUGAUGGCCCGGCGCCGGAUGCCUCGACCUGACUCCCAGGAGAGCUUGGAGGCCUCUGACCCUGGCCAAGACAACAAGCGCCAGUACAAGAUGAUCUGCCAUGUGUUUGAGUCAGAGGACGCCCAGCUGAUUGCCCAGUCCAUUGGGCAGGCCUUCAGCGUGGCUUACCAGGAGUUCUUGAGGGCCAACGGCAUCAACCCUGAGGACCUGAGCCAGAAGGAGUACAGUGACCUGCUCAACACCCAGGACAUGUACAAUGAUGACCUCAUUCAUUUCUCCAAGUCAGAGAACUGCAAAGACGUGUUCAUAGAGAAGGCUAAGGGGGAGAUUCUGGGCGUGGUCAUUGUGGAAAGUGGGUGGGGCUCCAUCCUGCCUACUGUCAUCAUUGCAAACAUGAUGCAUGCUGGGCCGGCUGAGAGGUCUGGUCGACUUAACAUUGGAGAUCAGAUUAUGUCCAUCAAUGGGACCAGUCUAGUGGGACUGCCUUUGUCUACCUGCCAGAGCAUCAUCAAGGGUCUGAAGAACCAGUCCCGCAUUAAGCUGAACAUUGUCAGAUGUCCUCCAGUGACCACUGUGCUCAUCAGACGGCCCGACCUCCGCUACCAACUGGGCUUCAGUGUACAGAACGGCAUUAUCUGCAGCCUUAUGCGUGGGGGCAUAGCUGAACGGGGUGGGGUCAGGGUGGGUCACCGCAUCAUCGAGAUCAACAGCCAGAGUGUGGUGGCUACUCCCCACGAAAAAAUUGUCCACAUCCUGUCAAGUGCUGUGGGAGAGAUCCACAUGAAGACAAUGCCUGCAGCAAUGUACCGCCUGCUGACUGCCCAAGAGCAACCUGUUUACAUUUAAAAAGAACCCCUGACCUCACACACCCUUUAAACUUUUAACAUUCAACUUUUACCCUUGACCCUGAGCCUCUCUCCCAACCCACAUUGUGCAUCAACUACCCUAUCCAUACUUGAUGUUAUACAGAUUGUCCCGCUGGUCAUUUCAGACCAUUAUGAGGCUAGAACAUAGACACCAGAAUCAUCCAUGGGUUCCUGAAGGUCACCGACUUCAGCGCUCCAUGCUAACUCUUUAGCAUACACUAUGUUGAGUGAUGGUGGGCUCCGCUAACACUUUAGCCAUAGUAAGGCCACUAGCAUUAUCUUGAGACUCAGAACAUGAGAAUAUAUAGCAGCUCUUAAGUUAUAUGGUAAUUCAUUUUAAAUGACAGAUUGGUUAAAUCAGGCUCUUUUGUGUAGGAGAUGGUAAAAUUGACAUGAUUAAGUGUGAUAGAAAGUCAC